UUCGUCUGCAAAGCACGAGUUGUGGAAGUAAGUUAAUUUUAAUUCACCAAUAUGUGGGGUAUAUGAUCUGUUGUGUACGAUGUGUAGACUGUUGAAGCGACAGGAAGGAAGUCAAGGUAUGAUUUUUGUCCAAUUCCUCAUCCAUGGAUGGUAUUUUGCCUGUAAACAUACACAUCCUUUCUAGUUUUUAUAAAACACCUCAGGCUCAGCAGGAUUCCGACGAUCUUGACAAGUUUAGUUUGACAUUUUCCGGUGUUUAUGAUCAAAUUAUAUCAGGACAAAGCUUCGAUUUAUCAUCAUUUUUAAAAGUAUCAAUAAUAAGAUGUUAUGUGUGCAAGUUUAUGCAUUUAUAUAUGUUGUCUGAAUAAAAUCAACCGUACUCCAUUGGAUAUUGAUUAAGCAUUAAUGUUGUGCACGGGACUGCAAGCUGUUGGAUGGGUGUAUACACACCUGUUUUUCUUACAGAAAUUUGUGCGAAAUAUGAAAAAAAAGCAAGAGAUGCAAGAGAUAGUUGUGGUAUUUCUAUUUGUUCGCUGUUUACUGUGUAAAACUAUCAAUCUAAUUAAAAUUAGAUCCUAUGAUCCGCUCAUCUACUAUCGCUACAUUAGGUGUAGCGAUAAUAGAUGAACGGAUCAUGGGAUCUAAUUUAAUUAGAUUGAGCAAACUAUAUACCGGGUACAUCGCCUAUUGGAUAUUGUUCAAUAUUGUUUUGCAUCUAUGUGUCCUGUAGAUGUAUACUCAAAUAUUUCUACUGCAGCCAUCACUGUAAAAAUUUCACAAAUCAUGCAUAUUAAAUCGCCUAGAUUUAAAUCUGCAUUGUUAUUUUUUCUUUAUGUGUUACAGUUGUUAACACUCAUUAGAUAUAUCAUGUUGUAAGAACUUUAUUUGAACUCAAUCUUACACAUUUCAUAUUAGAUAGCAUUAACAAAAAGUCUACUUCGUAAUUCAUAAAUCAACCCACAAAAAAUAUAAAGAAUAACUAAAAGUAACAUUUGUCAUGAAUCUUGAGUGAAUUCUGCAUAUAUUCUGAAAACAUUAAAUGUCAAAGGUGAAAUUAUUUUAUGAAAGUUGUAAUGAAUAUAGUGAAAUGUAAAAGUGAAGAAAAACUUUUGAUCCUUGAGUAUUUAUUGUCCAUUUGGUGGAAGUUCAUGAUGAUGAAGACUGCUUCUAAGACUGUCAGUUUUGCCAAAAGUCCAAACACAAAUCUGACAUUACUCACAAACUCUAUCACUUGAUUUAAAUGUAAUAAGUGUCCAAAAGUUAUUACACGAACAUACAUACCACCACAUUAAUACCCCCUGUCCUCAAUUUUGUCUUUGAAUGACAUCCAUAUACACUAUAUUUGGUGUCUCACCUUUAUGCUUAGAGUAGAUCGAUCCUCAUGUGAUGUCAGGUUUUUGCAAAAAUCUUUAUCAAAUUGAAUUUUGCGCAUGAUAGAAAUUUGAUCUUUUUAAGGAAUUUUAUUCACUGGAUGAAAUAAAAAAAAUAUGGUAAACUAUUGAUUGUGAAAAAGUUUAUAUUUUCCAUAGAUAAUCAAUUAUUUAUAAUAAAAAAAUAUUGUCAAGGGCAAUAACUCUUAUGCUGGUAUUUCCUCUACGGGUAUGUCUAUUAUACCAUGUUUUCCCUAAUAUCCACAAUUAAUUUAUACAUAUUUAUAAUUAAUAAGCAGAUUUUUUCUAAAACGUUUCCGUAUACAUGUAUUCCUAAGUGAAUAAUUUCGUCCAUAAGAAUAUGUUUACCGAGGUAAUAUAUAAACCAUUCGUUGAGAGAAAUCGAACACAAAUACAAAUACCUUGACCUGUCUCCUGUUGUUUCAACACAUCGUGCAGAACAGGGUAUAUACACCCCGCAUGUUUGGGUGAUUUAAAAAAAAACCUCUUUUGAUACUGUUUUUCACACAGUAAUAAAAAUCAAGCUGCUUGAAACUGGAAUAGCCUAUAUAGACUAUUUUAACGACUGGGAAUUUGAACAGAAAUAAAAGUAAAAUGUAAAUAUGAAAAAUAAAUUAAUUUUUUGAAAAUAUAUAUACAUAGGGUAUGAACAGUAACGCUUCCCACGAGCACGCUUUUCUUAGCGCUAACGCGCAUGAAGUAUGCUGGUGUAAAUUGUCGCAGUUCAUGCUCUCGUUGAAUGACUUCUUGCAUAUUAUCCAUCGUCGGCUACCCACGGGUGCUUCUCGUUGAUUCUCUCCAGGCUCCUAGACGAUGUAUAUUAUUAAACGACUGCAUAAAGUUAGUAAAUCUUCAUAUAAAUAUAUAUAUAUAUAUAUUGAGAACAAUACAACAGCUUUCUUUUUGAGUAAAUUUACUCAAAAAGAAAAUAUGAUGCAUUGUUCUCAAUCCAUAUGCAAUUUAAUAUACUUCAUGUAACUUAAUACAUGCAAGAUGUAAUUUUAAAUUUUUUGAAAAUAACUGCGCAUAUCCAAAUCUUUUGGAGAUCCUAGGUGAAAGGGAGAUAAUUCAAUUUAUUCUCAUCACCUCGAUCUAUCAACAGGCACCUCAAUUGUGUAUUAUAGAAUGCAGGCACCUAAGUAUGGAUAUUACUUACCCCUCCCCCCUUUUGAUACUAUUUUUUGUGGCAAUAAUUUCUUUGAAAUGUGAAUUCCUCGUUUAUGUCAUGACCCCUCAUAUUCGUACUCGUUUCACGUUUUUUGUAAACUUUAGAGAUUGGCCUUCUAUCGGUAUAAUAAAAUACUUCAGGUGCCCGUGGAUCUGUCUCACCUGGGUAUACCAUGUAUAUUCUAUAUUUCGUGUAGAUGUUGCCGUGUCUUUUUUGUUCUCGUGUAUAUAUAGGCCUAGAAAUCAUGCUUGUAAUAUUUGUUAUAUGCCCCCAGCUGGAUUAUGCUCGUCAAAUGGAGAUAUUUCUGUAUUUCAUCAUUGACUGUCCCACUUUUAUAGGUUAAUCAUAACCCCCUCGCAUGAUCGCAUAAAUUCGUUUUCUGCGAUUGGGAGAUGACCGAUGGGGGAUAUGAAUGAAUUACUUUAGCAAUACUCCGAUGCAUGUUGACUUAACGGUUUUUAUCAGACCACGAAUUAACACAUGUACCUGUGACCGUGUCGUACUACCUUAUCUAAUCAACGGUAACCAAUGAAUUGACUUUCAUUUAUCAACAAAAAUCGCGCCAUAUAACAGAAAUAGAAAAAUUCUCUUUUUCGGAUUCAAAUAUUCUUACUGUGUCCAUUUUGCUUUUUAUGCCCUACUUUCAAUUUUCCCGAUGUCUACGACACCUGGACGGAAGAAUGAGAAGCUUGUUGCAGUAAUCACAGGCGGAAACUCAGGGGUAGGUCUCACAGCAGCAGAAAGGCUGUUAGAUUUGCAUAAUGGCGAUGGGAUUGAAAUCUGUUUGGUCUGCAGAAACAGAAAUAGAGCAGAGGCUGCUAAAAAUUCACUUCUGAGAUCUAGUCCAAAUGCUACAGUAGACAUCGUGCUUAUGGACACAAGCAGAAUUUCCUCUGUUAUUAAAGGAGCAAGAGAACUCUGUUUGAAAUAUAAACAUAUUGACCUUCUUUACCUGAAUGCUGGAGCUAUCCUGGUGAGGCGGGGUAUAAACUGGUCGCACAUGAUGAAUGAAAUAUUUGACAGUGAAACCCCAGGGCAGAAAAUUCUUCACAUGUUUACCACUGGGGAAGGAUUAUUAUUACAAACAGAUAACACAACAAAUGAGGGACUACAACAAGUGUUUGCGACCAAUCUCUUUGGUCAUUAUGUUUUGGUCCGGGAGCUUGAAUCUCUUCUUGGCCAUGAUUCUCCAUCACAAGUGAUAUGGACCUCAUCCAGAGCCAGUAUAAAGUCUUCGUUUAACAUCAGCGAUAUUCAACACAAGAAAGGACAUGAUCCUUAUGGUUCAUCAAAGUUUGGAAUAGAUGUAAUGAGUGUGGCACUGAAUGACAGACUAAAUACACAGAAAGUGUACUCCCAUGCAUGCUGCCCAGGCCUGGUGCUGACCAAUCUGACCAAUGCUAUCUUUCCAAUGUGGGUUUGGUACAUACUCCUGCCUUUCUUUUUGCUUAUGAGAAUCUUUGUAGCCAACUUUAACUUAAGUCCAUACAAUGGAUCAGAAUCAUUGGUUUGGUUGUCAAAACAAAACCCUAAAGAGCUGGACCCAAAAUCUAGAUAUGAGAGCAACACCUCAUUCUUUGGGAAAAGAUACGUGUCAUCGAGAAAGCUGCCAAUUGAGACAUCUACCUGUGACCAGUUGAUUGAGGAGUGUGAUGCUAUGUAUAGAAUGUUUAAAAAUAGACAAUCAUUGGACUCCUAGUUUGAUUUGUGCCAACCUGGUUCACAUUAAGAGCUGGAUAUAAAGACAUGGUCCAAUUAAUGUAUGAGUGUUUUUCUGUGAAUUCAGAAAACAUUGAAGAAUAUUUGAAAACAUUGAGGAAUAUAUUUGAAAAUAUGGAAUACCAGUACAUGUAUUUAUUUGAAAAUAUUGGAAGAAUAUUUAUUUGAAAGCAUUGAAGAAUAUUUAUUUGAAAAGUAUUUAUCAGAGAUGAAAAUUAUUUUGCAUAUGUCCACACAUACAGUAUUUUAUAUGAAUUGAAAAUUACUCCCAGAAAGGAAAGUUGAAUGAAAUUUUCUUGCAUAGAGAGGAAAUAUUCACCCAGAUGCAGUGAAGAAUGAUAUAUAUAACUAAUAUUUGCAUUGAAUUCAUUGCUAUUAAGAUGUUCUCUGUCAGCAUCAUUGCUAGCCAUGCUUACUGAGUCUAAGAGUACCUACCCUACUUCAAAUGAUAUAGUCUAAGAGUGAAUGGAGACAAUAGGCAUGGUUUGUGAUGAUGUCUGUCAGGGGCAUAGAUGGAAAUAGUUUUACUUUGAUCACAUUGAGUUAUCUCUCUUUGUUCUUGCUUUUUAAAACUGGGUGCAGAGUUACUGUCUUUCUAGUUUUAUGGGUCACUCUGGUGAUUAACCUAUCGUGACCUGUGUCCAGUCGUUAAGUUGUCUGUAGAAAUGCCUUUUUUUUUUUUUAGAGACAUUGAAAACUUGUACCUGACACAAAGAUUUUUUUUAGUGUGUGGCAUGACUAUUUGGUCAAGGCUAAGGUCACUGGUAAAGACUGUUAAACAUUUAUAUGGGUCAUGUCUUUAAAAUGGAGGAUAUUAACAUCUUAUAGUCAAGAAUGUUGAUCAUUAUCUGUUAGUAUGUUAUGACCUUGUUUGGGUUUAUGUCAAAUAACCAUAAAAGUCAAGGUCACUUGAAAAUAUGUUAGAAAUAUUUGUUUCAGGCUACGACUUUAUAAUGGAGAAAGUUGAAGCUCGUAUUUGGCACAAAGGUUGCUUAUGAUCAGUCAGUUUGUUUUGACCCAGAACCAUGGUCAAGAUCAAGGCCACCGAUGAAAAAAAAAUUGGAAAUAUCUGUCCGGGCUAUAAUUUUGCACAUGGAGAAACAGAAGAAAUUUAAUUAAUUUUAAUCAUGAAAACAGUUUAAAAUAUGUACCUAUUGCACAAACAAUCUACAAUCCCUUUUUGUGUGAUGCUCAUGUGAUUAUUAGGACCCAUAGGCCUCUUAUUAAAAAGCUGCUACCUGUUUUUUUAUUAGCUUAUGUGAGCUAUAAGGUCAAGUGAGCUUUUCUGAUCACCUGUUGUCUGUCUGUCCAUUUGUCUGUAAACUACACAUUUUCGACAUCUUCAGAACCACAGAGCCAAUUUUAACCAAACUUACCAUAAAGCAUACUUGGGUAAAUUGGCUUCAAAAUUGUUCAAAUGAAGGGUAUGCACCCUUUUCAAAGGGAGCUGAUUAAGAAAUAUUAAAAAUAUGGUGGCAUGAUUCCAAAAUCAUCUUCUCAAGAACCACUGGACCAGAAAAAAACGAAACCUAUGUGAAUGAAAGCUUCCUUAAUGAGUGGAGAUUCAAAUUUGUUCAAAGCAUGGCACCUGGGGAUAGUGUGGGGCCACAAUAUUGGAUCAAACUUUUACAUGGUAAUAUAUAUUAGAAAAUCUUUAAAAAAUUACCUCGUAUUGCAGAUUCAUAUUUGCCUUGGUUGGUUUAAAUAGGGGAUCAAAGUUUUUCAUAAGAAUAUAUGUAUAUACAAGAAAUUUGAAAAAAAAGAUUGUUUUUUUUCAUAGACCUUUGGGUUAGGAUGGGGGCAAGGCCCAUUAAGGAUGAAAUGUUACAUAAUAUACGAAUAUACAUGUAAGGGAAAAAGUCUUCUCCAGAUCAGUGAGGCCAUGUUAGUUGUAUUGAUUCUUAGGCAUCCUCAAGUUGUUUUGAUUCAAGUUCAUUUAAGUCACAACCCCAUGUGGCUGGGUUGGGGUCAAAAUUUAUAGGAUUAAAGAUUUUUUAAAAAUGUAUAAGGGGGGUGACUCAGUCUAAGGUGACUCAGGUGAGCAUUGUGACCAAUUAGUCUUUUGUAUAUCUAUGCAAUUAUUUUAUUUGACUGUUGAUUAUGCACAUAACAGAGCUGUGAUAUGUACUCGUAGAUUUUAUUCAUGGCAGCAAAUUCAGUAUUUGAUGGAAUGACACAUCUUAAUUUUGCGUAGAAAUUAAAGCUAGUAAACUUAAUAAA